AUGUCGCUGGUCAACGUGACCAACAUAACAGUCGCGAACAACGUCUGCCCGGUGACGGCGCCGUUGGUGUUCCAAAUCGAAUUCGAAUGCCUGGAGGACCUCAAGCACGACGUGGAGUGGAAGGUCAUAUACGUGACAUCCGAUGGAACGGGUUACGUCACUGGCGAGCAGGAGCCCAUUGACGUCGCCCACUCCCGGGAUGGAGAGAUUGUGCUGGACGCUGUGUGUCUGGGACCGGUGUGCCGGGGAAUCUUGGAGUUCGAGUUUAGGGUGUCGCCGCCAGAUUUCACAAGGCUGAAUCCGGCCGGGAUACUGGGAAUGCAGGCCGUGCUCGUGACGGCCAACUACUGCGACCAGGAGUUCAUACGCAUCGGAUACUACACGAACAACUGCUACGACGACCCGCUUCUGCGGGAGUGUCCGCCGGACGUGCCCAACAUCGACAAGAUGGUGCGGUGCAUCAUCGACCAGCCCAGGGUCACCAGGUUCCCCAUCAAAUGGGACUCGGACAUUGUAGUGGACCCUGAAGGCAACGACAUCAGCCAAGUUAUUGAUGAUAACCCAGAGGAAAACAAUACCGACGGCGAGGAAGAGGAUGAAGAGGAAUAUGACGACGAGGGCGAAGAUGACGAGAAGGAUGAAGAGGAAACGAAACCAGACACUGCAGCUGAGAACAACGGUGUCGGUGAAUCGGGGAGUCUCGCGCCUGAAAGUGGCGAUGUGAACAAGGAUUUCGAGGAGACCAAUGGCCAGCAAACAAAUACAAGCGGCGAUGUGGACGUUGCGGCAUCGAGUGAAGUGCCCGCAGACGCCGGAAUCGAUGUUGGAGAAGCGGAUAUGGCUGCAAACGAAAAUGACGUUAAGCUAGAUGACACGACGGAAUCUAGUCGCUCUGACUCCGGCAGCGAUGACAUAGACGAUUCCUAUACCAGUUAUGAUGCUUCGGAUGAAGCGUACGGGUAUGACCUUGUCGGUAUAAGUGUUCGCCCCGAUUUUGAUAGCACCGCCGAUGGCGAGGCCGACAACGAAGCGGACAGCAACGAAUCUUCCGAGGACACAGAUAGCGAUGCUAUCCAGAGGACAGACGAACAAAUGGGAAUGUCGGGAGAGGGUAGUUCCGAAGAAACCGGUUCCAGAUUUAGGAUGGAAGGCGACCUGACAGAGGACGGCGUGGCAGUGAAACGCACCGUAAGAGAGGUCAUGACAGAAGGUUCAGAAGAGGAUGGCAAGGUUAGACGCGUUUCGCCCCUCGUGACGGUCUCGACUGUCACCUCGAUAACGGACGUGCAAUGA